AUGACAAGUCGCCCAAGUUAUUGUCAAUUGGAAGGUUUGGUCGACUUCCUUGAGCAAAACCCGAGCAUUGCUAAGGGUUUGCUUCGGACUCUUGGAGGAGCUAUUAAAGACGGUCAAGGCUGGGCUAAGUAUUGGGCUGAGAAGAAAUGGGCGCUGAAAAAACAAUGCGCACAAACUUCUGCUUUGAUGAGGCGCACAGGAGGUGGGGCAGCCUACAGCUUGCCAGCAUUGUCGGCUUUAGAUAAAAGAUUAGUGGUGGUGAUGGGUGGGCUAGACUUCGCUGCUGGCGAUCAAUGGUCAUUUGUGCCUGCAUCAUCCACCCCGCUUCCAAGCAACAUACCCAGACCACGCCGGCGUGUUGUGAGAACCAUGGACUCUCUCAUGGAACGGUUCUCACACAUACAAGCCCGACGCGUAGAAGCGGAGAUGACAGCAGCCCAAGCACUAGCAAAGAUUGCUGAAGCAUUGCUAUCAGUUGGCGAUGCACAGAAAUAG